CGCGAAACUGCGUGGCCGACACAAUGGAAUUUUUUUUUCUAUAAACUUUUCAGAGAUGAGCUUCUUGAACGUAUUUGAUCCAGAAUUUUGGGAUGGUGUAUAAGAUAUUUUAAAAUGGCUUCCACUAAGAAACAAAAGGAUAAGAAGAAAGAUUUCCAAAAAGCUAAGUUAAAAGUUGGUAAAACUAAAGCUAAACCAUCAAAUUAUACAGACACUUCGUUUGUUGCAAAAACCAUUUCUUUACCAAAUCAAUCCCUCUCAAGAAACCUGGACCAAGAUACAGACCUUAUCAAAAGAUUAUCAUUAGUUAAACAUCAUGCAUCAACCACAAGAAAGGAAACAUUGAUACAUAUUGAACAACACUUACCAGAUAACCCAUCAUUAUACAAACAAAUCCUGAAUGCUGUGAUUCCACUAAUAAUAGAUCAAUCAGCAUCAGUACGAACUGCACUCAUAAGUUUGUUAAAUGCUGCAUCUGAGAAACAAACGAAUCUAAUGGAAUUACAUGCAAGAUCGAUUAUUCUAUAUAUUCAUAGUGCUAUGACACAUAUUGUACCAGAGAUCAGAAAUGAUUCUACAAAGUUCCUUGAUGUGCUAAUCAAACAUGGUCCAGAUUCCUUGGUUAGAAGUGCAUGGAUAAAGACAUUGAAAUCAUUUUUCACUUUAUUGAAUUGGACAUUAAGUGACUCUAAACAAUCAGUUUCAUUAGCAAUCACAACUUCAUCAGUUACAAAUAAUUCAGGUAAAUCUAAGAAACAAGGAUUAGAUUCAUUAGUGAGGUUUAUUAGAAUCGGAGCUUUUGCCAAUGAAGAUGAGUUGAGUAAGAAAAGAAUAGUUUUAACUGCACAUCCUUUAACAACAAAGUAUUUGACACCAAUUACACCACAACCGUUUGCACAUUUGAAAUUAUUCACAACUGAGUUGUCAAGCACUAAUAAAAACACAGUCGAUAAGACAAUUGAUUUGAAUACUAUAAGUUGUGAAGAUGUUGAAACCAGGAAGCGAGUAUUGGUUGAAUUUUUCAUUCCUCAAAUCAAGAAGAAUUUAACAAAUUUGAUUAAAGAAGGUGGAGAAGUUGGUAAAAGUGCAAAAACUUUGGAGGCCAUUUGUAAUGAGGUUUUGAGCUCCAAAAUCAUUGAAGAUUAG